AUGCCGCGCCGGGCGGAGCGCUGCCUGCAGAUCGCCCCGCACUCCCUGGCCAUCGUCCUGGGCGCCGCGGCCGGGGGGCGGCCGGGGGGCGGUGGCGGCGGUGGUGGCGGUGCGGGGCCGGCAGCGGACCUGGGCCGCCACCGGAUCGGCUACGAGAUCUUCGCAGACUUCAAGCGGGAGAACAUGCAGCACUUCUGGGACCGGCGGGCCACGGCGGCGGUGGCCGAGACCUUCUUCCUGGGCUGGAUCGACGAGCAGGUGCUGCUGGUGCAGGGCAAGGAGGAGCACCUGGAGGUGCUGCGGCAGGGCUGGGCACGCCGCUCCCUCAAGCCCCCCAGCGGCUUCCACAUCAAGUGCCUGGAUGCAUCACUUCUUCAUCUGAUAAUUUGCUUCAAGGACCAGAAAAGUGAGUCUGUGGAAUUUGCCUCUGUUGCUGAAAUAAAAACCUGGGGACCUCCCAAGAGCUUAUUAUAGGGUUGUAAGGACUUGUGUGAAGGCAGGGGUUCUUGAUGUCAUGGGCUCAUUACAAAAGAAGACAUUUACUGUGGUAUUCAUUUUAAAAUGAGCAGUUUUACUUCAACAUGCUGAGCUUGGACAAACUGAGUGCAUGUUAGUGGUUUUUGGGUCCUGUUCUCUGCAAAUGCCUGAAUAGGAGAUUAAAUGUUCCUUCACAAAGGACUUUGGUGUGAUUACUUGUGAAUAUUUUCCAUAGCAUGACUGAAAAGUACAAACAUUUGGGAUAAUGUGUCACCUGGGGAGGUGGGCAGGAGAAUUCUUUUGGAAGAUCACCUUUUUGGAACAGCAUGAGCGGAACAAAGAUAACAUAGUUCAUUAAUACUGCCAAUAAAAGAAAAUAAACAAUGCUACCUGUGCAAUGUGAA